CACUCCGCAGCUUUUCCCAGGUGCAGAAAUGCCUCAGGUGCCACCCCUGCAGCUGUGAAGAUUGGAAUAAUUGGUGGAACAGGCCUGGAUGAUCCAGAAAUCUUAGAAGGAAGAACCGAGAAAUAUGUGGAUACUCCAUUUGGCAAGCCUUCUGAUGCCUUAAUUUUGGGGGAGAUAAAGAAUGUUGAUUGCGUCCUCCUUGCAAGGCACGGGAGGCAGCACACCAUCAUGCCUUCCAACGUCAACUACCAGGCGAACGUGUGGGCCCUGAAGGAGGAGGGCUGCACGCACAUCCUGGUGACCACCGCCUGCGGCUCCCUGAGGGAGGAGAUUCAGCCCGGCGAUAUCGUGAUCAUCGAUCAGUUCAUCGACAGGACCACCAGAAGGCCUCAGACCUUCUACGAUGGGAGUCAUUUCUGUGCCAGAGGAGUGUGCCACAUAUCAGUGGCUGAGCCGUUCUGCCCCAAAACGAGAGAGGUCCUCACAGAAACUGCUAAGAAGCUAGGACUGCGGUGCCAUUCAAAAGGGACGAUGAUUACAAUCGAAGGACCUCGAUUCAGCUCCCGGGCAGAAAGCUUCAUGUUUCGAACCUGGGGGGCGGAUGUUAUCAACAUGACCACAGUUCCAGAGGUGGUUCUUGCUAAGGAGGCUGGACUUUGCUAUGCAAGUAUUGCCAUGGCAACAGAUUAUGAUUGCUGGAAGGAACACGAGGAAGCGGUUUCAGUGGACCGGGUUUUAAAGACUCUGAAAGAAAAUGCCAAUAAAGCCACAAGUUUACUCCUCACUACCAUACCUCAGAUAGGGUCCAUGGAAUGGUCAGAAACCCUGCAUAACCUGAAGAAUAUGGCCCAGUUCUCUGUUUUAUUACCAAGACAUUAAAAUAGCCUGGCUGCCCAGAAGGCAAGAAGACUUUCUAAGUCUAGUCAUUUCAGGAAUUCCUGCUUAAUUUGAAAUGUGGAAAGCUUUCAUGCCCUUACCUGCUAAGGAAGAACAUGUGAUAAGACAAGACCGUGCCAAUGUGAAGGGUGUCUUCUGAGAGACACAGACUGCUUCAAAAAAGAGGGAAAGCAAAUAACCAGGAAACAUGGAAACAUUCCUACACUGUAGAACAAAGACAAGAAGAUACCAGUCCUCCUUCUCCCAUUAAAUUCAUAACAAGGUUGGGAGGUAACAUGCAGUUUCCUGCGUUGCCAAGAAACAUAAAGACAAUGGGACACUUAGACUGUUUAUUGGUGUCACUGCAAAUUGGUACAGUCUUCUGGAGAGCAGUUUGGUAAAAUGUAUCCAAAGGCUUAAAAAUAAUUACAUAUUUGUGCUGGUUUCCUCCUUUUAUCUUUUAAAAAUUAGAAAUGCAUACAAAGACUAUGUAUAAAGAAGGAUGUUUAAUAUAGUGUCAGUUUUAAUAGCAAAUAUUCAAAACCAUCUUAAUAUC